GUCAAUGCAAGAGUCAGUGCAGUUUCUGCCUAUUAACAGCUGGCAACUUGUACAAUGUUUUGGAGUGUUCUGACGCCUCAUUGGCAGAGCUGCUGGCGUACACAGAGCUGUGACACUCCUGGAGUUAUUACAGUUCUGAGCUUGAUGACUCUGCAGUAUUUGCUAACUAACCCUGUGCAGCAGCUGUAACAGAGGAAGAGAAAAAUUCACCCUAGUGCUGCCAGAUUGCAGAGGUGCUCCAGAAUCAGGAAGUAACAAAUCAAAGAGCACUGAGGAAUCAGGUGAAGGUCAGAUCCCUUGAAAUGGCGUUUGCUUAUAUGCUGCUGGUGUUAGUCCUGGCAGUUUUCAUUGCUGCUUUCAUAUUGUUAGUCGUGGGGACAAUUUAUUUUGCUCUCUCCAACUCAGAAAUCCCUCCUGGCGUGGACCAGCCUGUAAAGCUCCGACUGCUUCACAUUAUUUUGACUGGAACAGCAGUUCUGGGGAAGAUUUUGGAGAGGCUGGGCCUAUGCAGUCAAGUUGGCUUUGUCCGCUAUAUGCGCCAGGGAAAGAAAUUAGGAGAGGAUCCCAAGCUCUUCAUCAAGGACCUGCAGUUUGGGAGAGUGCCAGUGCGUCUUUACCAGCCUCAAGCACCUUCUGCUGGCCGAAGGAGAGGGGUCAUCUACUUUCAUGGAGGAGGCUGGAUGUUUGGCAGCAUUGAUAGCUAUGAAACUGUGUGCCGCUACAUCGCUGGAGAAAGUGAAUCGGUGGUUGUGUCCGUUGAGUAUCGUCUGGCUCCCGAGCACACGUACCCAGCACAGUAUGAGGACUGUCUGGCUGCUUCCACACACUUUAUGAAGAUGGCAGAAGACUAUGGAGUGGAUCCUGCCUGUAUUAUCCUUGCGGGGGACAGUGCAGGAGGCAAUCUUGCUGCUGCUGUUUGCCAAACCCUCGUGACUAGUGCAGACCUUCCGAAGGUACAUGCUCAGCUCUUGAUCUAUCCAUGCCUUCAGGCAAUUGACUUCAAUUUACCAUCAUAUCAGCAAAACCGUGGAGUCCCCAUCUUGUUUAGGGAACGUGCAGCUUUCUAUGUUCUGCAGUACCUGACGGGUGAUGCAUCCUUUUUGGAAGAUGUCCUGGAAGGUUCCCAUCUUCCCGUAGACGUAAAAUUGAAGUUUAAGAAAUGGCUAAGCGCAGACAAUAUCCCCAAGGAAUUUAAGGUCAGAGGGUUCAAACCAAAGGUGCCCAUCGGAUGCUCCCUUGAGGUUUAUGAGGCAGUUAAAGGUCUCUGUGAGCCAGCCUUUUCCCCACUUUUAGCGUAGGAGGCUGUGGUUCGCCAGCUCCCGGCGUCGUUCAUCUUGACCUGUGAGUAUGACGUGCUUAGGGAUGAUGGCCUGUUAUACAAGAAGAGAUUAGAAGACAGCGGUGUUCCGGUGACCUGGUACCACAUUGAGAAUGGAUUCCAUGGAGUCAUAAGCCUGUUUGGUCAUGGAGGGUUGUCAUUUCCAACUGGAAAAAAGGGACUGGACAGCAUUGUAAGCUUUCUCAGAAGCUUAUAAAAAACCAGUUUUUCAAAUACUGGGUCUUCUGUUUCCUCUGGUCUCCAUGUAGACCCCAAAGUCUGGGAAGAGCUCUAUAGGAACAGUAUUUGAUAUCACAUGAUGGGCUGCUUUGACAUGGUUUCCCCUGCUGAUGAAGUUCACAGGCUUGUGUGAUGUCUCUUCUGUUGCUGGUUGGAGUGCUGAUUGCACAUCUACCUAUUUGUAAUGAUUUCUUUGCAUCAUGCGGCAAGCUGGUGUCUUUCUAAAUAUCAGUAAAUAUUAAAGAAUACUAUUUGAACUGAU